GCGUGAGGGUCGGAUUGUUUUGGUUGAUGCACACAGCUCCUCUUGCUGCGGAACUUCUCAGCGUCGCUCGAAAUCAUGGCUCAAUUUAUUCUCCCAGGGUGAUUUAAACUAAAUGAGAAAAAUUUAAAUAAUCCAGCGGGGUACGCAAAGUUAGGACAUUGCAUUCUUAAGCGAUGAAACUGAAAGAAUUAGAAAGCUGCCUGCAGCAGGUGGACACAUUUGAAGAGCCAAAAAUCCUUCUUGAGCAGUAUCCAACCAGUCCUCAUAUUGCAGCAUGUAUGCUCUACACAAUCCAGAGUACAUUUGAUGAUAUUGAGGGCAAACUCGUGGCAGACCUGGGAUGUGGCUGUGGAGUCCUCAGCGUCGGGGCUGCGAUGCUUGACGCAGGUUUGUGCGUCGGUUUCGACAUUGACGACGACGCUCUGGACAUAUUCAGAAGAAAUGCAGAGGAGUUUGAGAUUUCUAACGUGGAUCUGGUUCAGUGUGACCUGUGUUGUCUGCAGCCGGAGGCCUACGCGAAAAAGUUUGACACUGUCAUAAUGAAUCCACCAUUUGGGACAAAACACAACCAAGGAAUGGACAUGAAGUUCCUCCGAGCUGCUUUAACCAUGGCAAAGACAGCCGUGUACUCACUUCAUAAAACAUCAACACGAGAACACAUACAAAAGAAGGCUAAUGACUGGGGAGUAAAGAUGGAAGUCAUAGCAGAAUUACGAUAUGACUUGCCAGCAUCGUACAAGUUCCACAAAAAGAAAUCGGUUGACAUCCAGGUGGACUUCCUACGAUUCUCCAAAGUCUGAAGCUUUCACUGGAAUGGACUCAAGUUGUCUCCGGUUUCCUUUCCUUUUUUUUCCCCCGCCAUUUAAAAUAAAUGUUUUUACUAAAGAAAAA